UAGACCUACAUGAUUACAGACAUAAAAACUUCUCCUCUGCAUUGUCUAGGAUUCCUUCAGGUGCUUUUCUUUCAUAUCCGUCUCACAACUAGUUCAAAGAAAUGGCAAAGUCCAAAGUUUUCUUCGAUAUCAAUAUUGAUGGCGCGCCGGCUGGGAGGAUUGUAAUGGAGCUACGAGAUGAUGUGGUCCCAAAGACUGCAGAAAACUUCCGAGCUCUGUGCACCGGAGAGAAAGGUUUUGGCUACAAAGGCUCCAAAUUUCACCGCAUCAUCCCAGAAUUCAUGUGUCAGGGCGGGGACUUUACCAGACACAAUGGAACCGGGGGCAAAUCCAUCUACGGGGAGAAGUUUGCUGAUGAGAACUUCCAGCUGAAGCACACUUGUAAGUACACACUGUCCAUGGCGAACGCUGGGCCCAACACCAACGGAUCCCAGUUCUUCAUCUGCACGGUUAAAACUAGCUGGCUGGACGGGAAGCACGUGGUGUUUGGCAGCGUUGUGGAGGGCACGGAUGUUGUCGACGAAAUGGAAAAAAAAGGCACCAAAGGGAGUGGCAAGACUACAGCUACAGUUGAAAUUGCCGACUGUGGACAACUUUAAUCCAACAUCUGCCUGCUUUCUUCUUAGAGAUAUCUGCAGUGUCUGUAGAAAACACAGGAUGAACCCAAUUUCUUUUUUAAAAAAAACCUUUAUUUACUGUGUUUAUAUUCAUGGUGUCACAAUUUGUAAUCUUUCCUUCAGGGACCUCAUUGGUUAGAAAAAUCUAAAUAAAAGUAUUUGAUCCUG